GGCCGGGCGGCGCCCCUAAGGGACGGCCGUGAUUGACGGCGGGCCGCAGCCACGGCCCCGGGCCUGGCCGGCGCGGCCCCGGCGGCAGCUGUUGGCUGCUGUUUCACCCGCAAGAGCCGAAGCUUCAUUAAGCGUUUGACGCCACUGGUCCCAGUGAAGUUUCCUCGGAAUUGGUGCUGGUUGCGUUAGCAUGUGGUCUGCGCCACUUAAAUAAUGUAGCGGAAAUGAUAGCCGAGCCCAACGCAGCCAGUAACCUUCCCAGCCAAAAAGAGAAUGCUGUCCAUGAUGAGACUGUGCCUGAGUCUGCUGUGCAGAAUGGCAGCUGUGUGAGAAAUGGCAACCUGAAAACACCAAGAGAGAAACGGAAGGUUCGAGAACAGUGUGAAAACGUAAGGAGAAAUUCUUCCAGUAGCAGAAGAGUGAGCCAGCUGCAGAAUGGCGAAGUGGUUGAGGCAGUUACGUUGUUUGAAGUGGUUAGCAUGGGGAAGCAGGCCAUGCAGUCUGUAGUAGACGACUGGGUUGAAGCUUAUAAACAAGACAGGAAUGUGGCGCUUUUAGAUCUGAUCAACUUCUUCAUUCAGUGCUCAGGCUGCCAAGGCAUGGUAACAGCAGAGAUGUUUCAAAGUUUGCAGAAGAAUGAUGUCAUGCAAAAAAUGACAGAGAACUUCGAUGAGGAAACUGGGUUGCAGUAUAAGAAAUUCGUGGCCUAUCCUUGGAUCCUGACAGUUACUUGGCCGGUGGAUAUGGACAACGAAGACUACCCGCUGAUCAGAACAGGACCCUAUUGGAAGAAGUUCAAGGCCAACUUCUGUGAAUUCAUUGAGGUGCUUGUCCAACAGUGCCAGUGCAGCAUCCUAUAUGAUAGCUACUUGAUGGACACUAUUAUCUCGCUCCUUACAGGCUUAGCAGACUCCAUGGUCAGAGCAUUUAGACACACGAGCACUUUAGCAGCAAUGAAACUUCUGACAGCAGUUGUAAGCGUAUAUCUGAACCUUGAUGUCAACAAGCACAAUGCUCAAAGAUUAUACGAGGUGGAGAAGAAGAGGAUAAGUGGCAAGAGGACCAAUUACAGACUUGACCAACUAGAGAGAAAAAGGAAAGAGUAUGAGCAUAAGCUUCUGGAGAUACAGAACAUGAUGAAUGCUAUUUUCAAAGGGACGUUUCUAAACCGUUACCGUGAUGUGAUCCCCGAGAUCCGAGCAACUUGCAUUGAAGAAAUUGGCAGCUGGAUUAAAACAUACCCAGAUGCUUUUUUAAAUGAUAGCUACUUAAAAUACAUUGGGUGGAUGCUGUAUGAUAAGCAAGCUGAAGUGCGGUUGAAGUGUCUUCUGGGACUGCAGGGAAUUUAUAGCAGAAAAGAACUUGUUUCCAGGAUGGAUCUCUUUACUGGCAGAUUCAAGGAUCGAAUUGUGUCCAUGCCUCUGGACAAGGACCAUGAAGUAGCAGUUCAAGCCAUGAAACUCUUGAUGCUUAUGUCACAGAACUGUGAGGAUGCGUUAUCAGCUGAAGACUGUGAAACGUUAUACCAGUUUGUUUAUACCACACACCGUCCGCUUGCAGUAGCAGCUGGGGAAUUCCUUUAUAAAAGGCUGCUUAGUCAUGAGGGAGAUGAAGAAGUUCAGCCCAAAGGAGGAGGGAAGUUUGGUGCGAGUACUGACCAUUUGAAAAGAUUAAUACGUUUUUUCCUGGAGAGCGAGCUACACAAACAUGUCGCAUACCUCAUAGACAGCUUGUGGGACUGGGCAGGCAAAUUCCUGAAGGACUGGGAGUGCAUGACUGCUCUUCUAUUAAAAAAUGCUGAAGAAGAUGGAGAAGAACUGAGUGAUGCCCAUGAAAGUGUUCUCAUUGAAAUUAUCCUCGCAACGGUUAGAGAAGCAGCUGAAGGUCAUCCACCAGUGGGCAGAGGUGCAGCCAAAAAAAUUCUGUCAGUAAAAGAGAAGAAAAUACAAUUGGAAGAUUGUACGAAAAUUACUGAACACUUUAUUAUGGUGCUUCCUCAGCUCUUGGCAAAGUAUUCAACAGAUGCACAAAAAGUGGCAAAUCUUCUGCAGAUUCCUCAAUAUUAUGAUUUGGAUGUUUACAGUACGGGACAUCUAGAGAAGCAUUUGGAUGCUUUACUGAGAGAGGUAAAAGACAUUGUGACCAAACACUCUGACAUAUCUGUCCUUGAGGCUUCCUCCAGGACUUAUUAUGUCCUCUGCAGUGAAGAAAUUGCCAUCUACAGCCAGGUGGAUUGUGCCCGAACUCAACUGAUAGAUGAGUUGAUGGGACAGCUUAACCAACUACUAGAUGGCUUCUGGCAAAAGGAAGAAGGAUUUUGUACGGAUGCAGGAGAAAUUUCCCGGAUGCACUCUGCUUUGAGAAGAGUAGCAGCUUUUCAUAAUGCCCAUAAUCUCACCAAGUGGAAUCUGUAUGACAAGACUUUAAGGUUGCUGGUGUUUGAAAUGGAACAUGGGAGUUUGCCUGUUUUGAUGAUCCUGCCAGCUCUCCAGUGCACAUAUUUUUCUCUCCUGUGGCAACUAGCUGCAAUUUCAGAAAAUCCUCCCAAGGAGACUCUUUUUGCACUGGGAAGAGAGCUGAGACGUUUCUGUCAGAUUUGCAUGUGCUUCCUCCACCAUAAGGAAAAAGAUGUAAGAGAAAAGGCAUUCAUGAUACUCUGUGACUGGUUGCUGAUUUUGAGUCAUCAGGAUUCAAAUAAUAAUGAAGAAGCAGUCGGACUUCUAAAUUAUCUUCCUAGCACGCCACUUCAGGAAAAACUGCUUUUGUUUAUCCAGGAACAUGUUUUCAUGGAGGAAGAAGAGGAAAGCAAAGACCUGACAGAAGAGGAGGAGAGACAGGAUGAAAGUUGCAAACUUGACGACUUGCACAAAAAGCGGAGUCUUCUUGCAGCAUAUUGCAAGUUAAUAGUGUAUAAUGUGGUAGAGAUGACUGCGGCUGCUGAGAUCUAUAAGCAUUAUGUGAAGACCUACAAUGAUUUUGGAGACAUAAUUAAAGAAACGUUAAGCAGGACCAGGCACAAUAACAAAAUUCAGAGUGCCAAGACGCUGAUUCUCUGUCUGCAGCAGCUGUUUCAGAGACAUGCAGAAAGCCAAGACAGCAGUAGUGGCGUGGACUUCUCCUCUGCUUCCUUCACAAAUAUGAAAGAACUUGCCCGUCGCUUUUCACUAACAUUUGGCUGGGACCAGGUGAAAUCUAGAGAAUCUGUAGCUAUGAUACACAAGGAAGGGAUUGAAUUUGCUUUUCAAGGGGCUACUGGAGUAGACGGAAAAUGCUUGCCUCCUAACUUGAGCUUUCUGUUAAUCAUCAGUGAAUUUUCCAACAAGCUGCUAAAGCCUGACAAAAGACUAGUGUACGCUUACUUACAGAGGUACAUAGCAGAACCACUGCCUUGCAGAGGUGACGAAUGGCAGCCGUUGAUUUGGUACAGAAACUCUUUACUGGCAAAUGAAGAUGAGGAGAGCUCUGUCCUCGGUGGUUCAGGAGAGUGGUCCCCCAUGGGCACACCUAAGAUGUCUUCUUUUAAAAGGAAGUUGUCUAAUGGGUCUUUGCCUGACACCAGCCAGACGGAGGCAGCAAGCAAAGCUCCAGCCCUGCAGCGGGCUUCCCAGCUUGCCUCUGCUACUGGGAAAAGCAGAAAGAGGCUAAAAUCUCGAGAGAUGCAUUUGCAGGAACACUUGCCAUUCCUUUGUCCAGGAGGGCUGCGGAGAAGAUACUGCAAAGAUGAGAUUAAGACAGAAGAUGUCUCAGAGGAGGGUCAAGCAGAAGAUGUAAUUGAAGAUGUCGAUGUUGAUGUGGUUGGUGCAGACCAGGUAAUUCCGGCUCGGGUUUUUGAGCUCUGAGGACAGCUGUUGUUGAGGACAGCUAAGAGGCUGAGAGGAUAAAUGGAAGUGAAGAACGUGCUGCCGUUUUUUUCUGCAAGUUGUGUAACAGAAAAUGGGGUUGUGACGUCAUCGAGCAAGGCAGCAGGAGAUAUGGAUCAAGUCAGAUCUCUUGCCUGUAGGCAUCCACCCAGAACCAGUUAGGUCCUAUAGCACUGGGGUUGAUUUCUCCACGUUGCCGUUCGUGCUGUCACUGAUUUGGCUGUUGCACUUCUAAGGUUGUGGGCGUUAUGAACAUCAACUGCAUCCUCGGCCUUGAUGCCGACUUGGAAUAAUUCCCAACCUGAGGAUUGGAAUCAGGGUAUUGACAAAUAUUGAGUCAAAGACUCUGUAAACUAGAUGAGACAAGCUCGCUCAAAUCAGUGCGGGGGCAGCAUUCUGCUGGAUGUAUUCCUUGAGAUAACCAAGAUGGAUACCUACAUGUUUCCUUGUACCUGGCUCCAGGGAGAAAGGAGCAUGGCCCAGCUGUGACUGCUGUGACCUGCUGGGUGUCUUGGCAGUGCCCUUUCCUGCCUGAAAACAUGGAUCAAAUUGUCUGAAAGUAUUUCUAAAUUCCAGUGCUUACAGAGACGUGGUUAGUGGUCUGUGGGGAUCAGGGCACGUUCCCAGGAGACUUGCAUCAAGGCUUCUAAGUAAGAAAGAAACAGCGGACCAGUUGAUCGAGUAUUUUCCUCUGGAAGAAAUCUUUCGUACAUAGUGGUCAUGUGGUAUUUACUUGGAAAAUAUAAAGCUUGAAAAGGCGAUGUAAAUGGACUGUAAACAUGGCCCUUCAAAAGUAGUUUUUCCAUUAGGAAUGUGCAAAUGGUCUUCACCCAAGAGCGUUUCAGAGGCAGUAGGCUGGGGAGCGCUGGCUGCUUUCGCUGACCCUGGGUCACUGCUCCAUGGAAUUGUACACUGUAUUAAUCCUAUCAAUCAGCUUUAUUUUUUAUAUAUAUAUAUUUUUUGGAUUGUAACUGUGUAAAAUAAACUACAUAACCAUUGCUAUCCAUUAGUGCUGAAAGUGCAAGUGACUCCACAAGAAGUCUGGAGAAAGAAGAGCCGCAGUCAGUCCUACUGCCUAGUUUGUCCUGUUAUUAAAUAAGUCAGAAGUGAGCUCCCAUGAACUUGGAGGUGAAAGCCAUGAAUGUCUCCCAGGCAACAGGAAACCCAUUGUGUUUCAUUUUCCAUAGUUAAGUAUGCAGUAGGCUAAUUCAAGGGAGAGGCAGCGCUCCGCAAGAUAAUGCUGAUUCUCAUCCAGGUCAACUCAGUUCCCCUGUGACUUCCCCCAACUCCAGACCUCGACUGUGGUAGUGAUGUUUCCUUCAUCCAGCUAGAGCUGUGGCUCUAGGCCUAAACACUUCCCAGGUAGGCAGAAUACGGCUGGACUUGGACUAAGAAAACACACCUGGGACCACAUCAAACAUGCAGAUGCUUUACUUCUUGUAGUGAAGGACUGCGGCUGGGAAUUAGCCUUUUGGGUGAAGGUGCAGUAAUCCUUAUAGGUCAUGUGUUGCAAGAAACGUCACUUCCACAAUAACACCAUAUAAUCUGCAAAUCCUUUAGGAAAAAGGGACUUGGUUAUCAAAAUAUAAUAGGGAGCAGGAUUUAACAGGCACUUCAUUAAACGCAAAGUGGCAACCACAGCUACAGGCUCUGCAGAAGAGUUCUACCCUGCACCAGGGGAGAAAUGUCACUGUGCAACGAGAGCGUCCUUGGCUGCACGUGCCCAUUUACAAACCCCCUUUUUAAGAAGGGGGGGUUCCAGCUGAAGGGUUUCAGGUAGGCAAAAGUCACCGCCCCUUGGAACAGCAAUAGAAGUUCAGGAUCAUCUUCUAGAAAGCCAGUUGGUCAUCCUUUCCCACAGCACCUUAAGGAACGGGGCUUAGGAGGGUUAUAUUCAAGGAUCACCUCUGCCGAGCUCAGAAGCAGUGCAUUCCAAGAAAGAAGAAGUCAGGCAAAAAUGCCAGGAGGCCUGUGUGGAUGAACAAGGAGCUCCUGGACAAGCUCAAAAGCAAAAAGGAGGCCUACAGAGGGUGGAAGCAAGGAUGGAUUGACUGGGUGGAAUACAGAGAAACUGUCUGAGCGACCAGGAACCAGAUUAGGCAAGCUAAAGCCCAGAUAAAAUUAAAUCUGGCCAGGGACCUCAACGGCAAGAAGAAAAACUUCUAUAAGAAGUACGUCAGAGAUAAAGGGAAGACGUGGGCCCUCUCCAGAAGGAAACAGGAGACCUAGUCACCCAGGGUAUGGAGAAGGCUGAGGUACUCAAUGACUUUUUUUUUUUUUUUUUUUUUUUUUUUUUUUUUUUUUGCCUUGGUCUUUACCAGCAAGGGCUGUGACCGCACUGCCCAAGUCACAGAAGGCAAAACCAGGGGCUAUGAGAAUGAAGAACUGCCCACUGUAGGAGAAGAUCAGGUUUGAGACCAUCUAAGGAACCUGAUGGGACCUGAUGAAAUCCAUCCAGGGGUCCUGAGGGAGCCGGCAGAUGAAGUUGCUAAGCCCCUUUCCAUUAUAUUUGAGAAGUCAUGGCAGUCUGGUGAAGUUCCCCCUGAUUGGGAAAGGGGAACCACAAUCCCCAUUUUCAAAAAGGGAAAAAAGGAAGACCCAGGCAACUACAGACUGGCCAUUUUCACCUCUGUGCCCGUCAAGAUCAUGGGUCCUAGAAACUCUGCUGAAGCACAUGGAAAAUAAAGUGGCCAUUGGUGACAGCCAACAUGGCUUCACCAAGGGCAAGCCAUAACUGACAAAUUGGGUGGCCUUCUACAAUGCAACAGAUGUCAUCUACCUGGAUGUAUGCAAAGCAUUUAAUACUGUCCUGUAUGACAUCCUGGUCUCUAAAUUGGAAAGACAUGGAUUUGAUGGAUGGACCACUUGGUGGAUAAGGAACUGGCUGGAUGGCCAUGCUCAAAGGGUUGUGGUCAACAGCUCAAUGUCCAACUGGAAACCAGUGACAAGUGGCGUUCCUGAGGGGUCAGUACUGGGACCAGUGCUGUUUAACAUCUUUUUGUUGGCAACACAGACAGUGGGAUUGAGUGCACCCUCAGCAAGUUUGCUGAUGACACCAAGCUGUGUGGCACAGUCAACACGCUGGAGGGAAGGGAUGCCAUCUAGAGGAACCUGGGCAAGCUCAAGAAGUAGGCCUGUGUGAACCUCAUGAGGUUCAACAAGGCCAAGUGCAGGGUCCUGCACCUGGGUUGGGGCAACCCCCGGUAUGAAUACAGGCUGGGGGAUGAAGGGACUGAGAGCAGCCCUGAGAAGGAGGACCUGGGGGUAGUGGUGGGUGAAGACUUAGACAUGAGCUGGCAACAUGUGCUCACAACCCAGAAAGCCAGCCCUGUCCUGGGCUGCAUCAAAAGCAGUGUGGCCAGCAGGCCAAGGGAGGUGAGGAGAAAUUUAACAUUGAUGAGUGCCUACUAAAAUUGGAAUAAUCAACCCUGAUUUUAUUUUUAAAAAUCCUUUGACUGGUGUUAAAGUGAGUUGAGUUUUCCUUGGUAAGGUUCACUAACACAUUAGUGAUGAGUUCCAUUACUUCAGCUACACAGGUUUGUAAGUCUGUACAUGGGAUGGUGGGAUGAGCUGAGUAGGAAGGAUUUCUCUGUGCCACUUCUGGCUGUUCAGCAACACUGUCUUGGAGGAGGAAGAACCUGCUUUCAACAGGCAGCUUGGUGUCAUUAUCCAGCCAGACUGCACAACUGGAAUAUUGUGUCCCAUUCCGGACUCCCCAGUCCGAGAGAGACAGGGAACUACUGGAGAGAGUCCAGCAGAGGGCAACAAAGAUGAUUGAGGGAUUGGAGCAUCUCCCUUAUGAGUUUACAAGUAUCUAAAGGGUGGGUUUAAGGAGGAUGGAGCCAGACCCUUUUCAGUGGUUCCCAGUAACAGGACGAGGGGUAACGGGCACAAGCUGGAACAUAGGAAGUUCCAAACGAAUAUGAGAAAAAACUUCUUUACGGUGAGGGUGACAGAGCACUGGAACAGGCUGCCCAGGGAGGUUGUGGGGUCCCCUUCUCUGGAGACUUUCAAGACCCGUCUGGAUGCAGUCCUGAGUGAUGUGCUCUAGGCAGUCCUGCUUUAGCAGGGGAGUUGGACUAGAUCAUCUCUAGAGGUCCCUUCCAACUCUGAAAAGUUCCAUGAAAAAAUUCUGUGAAAACCCAUCCUAUCUUAAAUGGCUCUUUAAUAGUAAGAAGUUAAUUAUAUGCAGUACAUAACGUAAUAACUAGAACUUCAGUAACAUGUAUGAAAAUCUUUAUUUGAAAAUACAAACAUGAUUUUAAAACUUUUUAACAGAUCUACACUGCAACCAAAAAAUAACUUACAUCUUUUUGUACAUUUUUUUUACCUCCAA